GGAGGGCGGGCCGCUGCGCUUCUACGCGGGCUUCCCGACGUUCUACGUCCGCAUCGCCCCGCACGCCAUGAUCACGCUGAUCGCGCAGGACGGACAACAUCAAGAAGAUCUGGCCAAAGAUUGGCCUGUGAGGCCGUGGCGGCAUCUUGAGCAGGCCCGGGGUGUGCCUGAAGGCCACGGGGCGCCUGUUCGCGCUUCGGCGCGCCGCGAAGUACAACUUUUUGGUGCCCGCCUCCACGAGGUUGCGUGGAGGUCGGGGUAUAUCGAUGAUCUCCCUCCCUCUCCCCCUCUCGUCCUCCUCCUCGAGGAAGCACUUCCUCCCCUCUGCUCCUCCUGCUCCUUCGCGGACAGGCCGAGUUUACGCCAGUCGCGCGGCUGUUUCAGACUGACGCUCGAAGGACCGAGCUUGCACCGCGCGCGGCAGCAGCGGCUCCGCGCGAAGUUUCCAGGUGGAACUUUCUUUCUUUGCCGGCGGCAGCAGACGCUCGCGGAGGCCCGACAGAAAAGGCAGC